AUGGGAGAUCAACCAUUGACCAAAGCAGAUUUUCAGGGUUUUACCGUGGCUCUAACCUCGGCCCUAACUGCUUUGACUAAUCAGAUGAAAGUUUUAACCAAUCAGACGGAAGCUUUAACCAACAAGGUUAUCAAAGCCGGACAAAGAGAAAGGAGAGGAGAACGAAUUAGGGUUCUACAUGUUCAAGACAAUAGUGUCGAAUUUAGCAAUCACAUGAACAUGCUAAUCGAUAGAUUGAAGAUAGCCGGCAAAAGUCAGAAAAUAGACAAAGAAGGAGAUUCAAUUAGGGUUCCAAGAGAUGAAAACAAUUGUGUUGUUGUUAUUGAAAACCCUAGUUCUCUUGAAGAAGACUUUGUAGAGAAAGAGAUUGAUCAACAGAAUCUGCAUGAUAAUAAUGCUUUUCACACUAAGGCAGAUAUUUCAUUAUCCUAUGAAAUCCCAGAAGUGGAGAAGACAGAAGUUCCAGAAGGAGUGCUAGUGAUCUACAAAGAUUUUAAGAAACUGAUUGCAGAUGAACAAGGGAAGAAAAAGAUUGAUGUUGGCAAGCAGAAGGGAACCAAAGUUUUCAAAGAGGAUGAUGAUUUAAUUGUGUUCCUCCAUAACAAGAAGUUUAGUGCUUGCUAUUCUAGGGUUUUCCGACUGCGUCAUCUUCAAGUCUCGUUCUCUCACAUCUCCACUCAUCACCAUCGUUCAAUCCUCCACCACACUUCCAAGCUUUGGCCAUUUGAAGCUUCUCGUCCUACUCCUCGCCGGCGAAGGGACAUCGGGAUCUUGGAUUCCCGUCAACGUCAAUUUGCAUAUUUUGGUCCGGUGUUGUAUAAUUUUGGACUUCGUCCAUGUCCUGUCCACUGGAGCUCUGUUCUGAAGAAGUCUAUAUCAAGGAAGCUCCCUUCAACGUGUUUCAAAGCUAGUCCAACUGAUGUUGCGGCUCAUUUUGACAGUAAGGUCUCAAAGCUUCGUGAAAUUGUCCGAAGACUCAUUGCCGGAAUGUUUCCAAUUCUUCUUGUUUGGGAGUUGUUUAACAUUUCAACCUCCUCCGUUGGCAUGGAGAGAUCGCUCCCACCUUCCUCUCUUUACAGAGAGAGAAAUUCUCCACCUCUUCCCUUCUCCAUGAGAAGCGGAUACUUCUCGGAAUCACACCCGAGUAAGCUCUACAACCUUCUUACCUUUUUGUCAUCUUGCAUUUCUGUCUACAUGGAACUUGAAGAUGCAACCAGAUUUGAUUCAUCAAAUCUCGGAGGAAGAAAUUGUUUUUCAACGUCACCUUUGAUCUCAAUGAUUGUGACUAGGCUACAAAAAUCCGGCCAGGCCGUGAUGUAUCUUCCGACGCGUUUAAGCUUUGCUUAUAACCUGCUGUCAUUUGAAGAUUUAUCUUCUUAUGCUUUAAUUUUCUUAUGUUGUAUGGUAGUAUUCAAAGAGGAUGUUUAA